AUAAUUUACGGGCCUUGCUGGGUAAUGUUAGCUAAACUUUGCAACCUAUUUCACUGUUGUAAAUACUGUAGCUGUUAAAACAACCAAGUCUCGCUAAUUUUAUUCUGUCGUGUUUAGAAACGUUUGUUUUCUGUAGCUCUAAUGCUUGACCAGUUGCGUAGUUUUAAUAUGCUCAUUUGCUAAUGUGGCUCUGUGAGUCUUGAGAUUCAGACUGAGAGGGGGGACUGUGAUGGCGCCUGCAUCAUAGUGUUGCACCGCUGUCUGUUUUCUGGCAUAUCCCCUUUUCCUCCUCCGGGGAACCAGUUCGCUGAAAUUAAUGUAGUAACGUUUAUUUUCUUUGUGAAUGCAACUGCACGUCUUCAGACGCUUAGUAUAGUAAUUGUGUUAACGCUUCGUCAUAUAUGAAUGUGGUGCAUUCAAUGGCAGCUGGGAGCUAAGAGCUACUUUUGUAAUCUGAAAAAAAUCAAGACAACACUUAGAGAAAAAAUUGGUAUACGUCGUGCGUCAGUGAGUUAUUGUCAGACUAUAUCACAGAGUCCAGCAAAGCAGCCGAGACUUGAAAGGAGCUCUUCAACUGAAAGCUGUGAAACCAUGGACUUUGAAGACCUGCCUGCGAUGAGUUCAUCAAACGAAGCUGAGAAUGACACCACAGCUGCUUCUGCCCAGGAAUCAACACAUGAAAAAGAGCAGGAGAAACGGGAUUCUACCUGUCGAGGAUCUACAAAUGUUGAUCAGACAACCACCAAACAGUCUGAAAACAAAGAAAUCAGAUUUAAAGAUGAAGAUGAGGAAGAGGAAUUCAGCACGUCAUUAAGUGUGGCUGAUGGACACCACCUAGUGGAUUUGGGAAGCUCAUCAGAGUUCAUAGUUGAUGAAGAGUGCAUCCUGGAGCUCUUCAAGUCAUGUCAGAAAUGCAACCGACGAUGUACAAUUACAAAAAACAUCCAAGGACUAAAGCUUGUUGUUUAUCAGACAUGCUGUUUCUGUCAGAACUACUUUGAGUGGAGCAACCUGCCAGAUGAGGAUGAUAAGCCGGACAUUGACUUGCAGAUUGAGGGACAGAACACAGCAACAUCGCCAAGCAGUAAUAGAAGUUGACUCUUUGAGGCCUGGCAUUUCUAUUGUUUUUUUCUCUGGGACUGCAACAGAACCAUCAGCACCUUUUUUCUUAUGUUCUUUCCUCUCUGGUGACAUAUAUUGAAAGACAUUGAAGAGCUACAAGCAUUUUCUAGCUGCAAGUACGUUUGCCUCUGCUCAUCAUAGCAGUUUCUGUUCUGUGGUCAUUAAGUAUGAUUCAUGCUGGCUGGGGAGGGAAGAUUUCCAUUGUCAAUUUAAAUGGAUGAUGGGUCAGCAGAUAAAAGAUUAAAACUUGCUUCUGUAAAACUAAACUCAUAGUUUCCCAGAACAAUGUUUAGGAAGAUUUCCUCCUUCGCUGUUUUUACCUUUUUUAUGUCUUUGUGUCAGCUGAGUAGCAAGCCCAGUAAAAAGCCUUUAUGCAGUU